GGGAUGCGGCGAGUCAUUAUCAUGACUAGAGAUAGCGUUCAUAGAGGCUGAGCCGGUGGUCGAUAUCAUCUGGGAUCAACUUCGGGGGCGCGGACCGCAGGUCAACUUCAUUCUGGAAAACGACGAACGUGAUAGGGUGAAUGAGACUACUCGGCUAGGGACGGCUGGGAGAAGGAUUAUCCGUGAUACCGUGAUGGAGGAGGUCGUUGGAAGCUCCGUACCCCAGGCAGAGCCCGAGGCCGGGGAACCAGAGAAAGUCUAUGGGAAGCCUAGGGAAGAGGAGCCUACAAACAAAAUUACUGUUGUUGAAAAGAAGUUUAGGUAUCAAAUCCUGAUCUUAACCAUGCCUGAGAUCGAUGACACCCUUAGCAAAUUACUAGGAACCAUGGUGUCGGUGUCGUUUCAGACCAUGCUGCAGGUCAGCCCUAGGUUGCUCAAAGGGCUUAGACAACUGUUGACUCGGCGGCGAGUAAAGAUUGAUGAAAACCCCGAAUCAUCGGAAGAGGAAAGAGAGGAGGAAGCUCCGCAAGAAGUCGCUAACCUUCAGAGGAGUCGCAGGGAUUUGGAGGAUCUCGAGAAAGCCUUUGCAGACAUCCGCGUGAGUCUGCCAGACCGAGAAGAUGGCGAGGUAAUGAGGGCACCUCCCGGAACAAAGCUCAGCUUCCAUGCGCUACCCGUAGGAAAGUUGAAAAUCCUGAUCGGGACUCAUCAUACCGACGCAUUGGUGGACGGGGAAGCGGAAAUCACUCUCAUAAGGAGAGACUUCGCAACGAUCACGGGCUGCACGGUGAACAAGGAAGUAACACGGAGCAUCCGGGGAGCCGGUGGGGAAAUUUCGUUUGUUGGGUAUGUCAGAAAAUGUGCGAUCAAGGCAGGAGUCAGGGAGUCGAUGUGGUCGUUUCAGCGGAUGACCGUAAUGGAGAAAAUGGACCACGAUAUAAUCCUCGGGAGACCAUGGUGCGCAAACAUAGAAAUGAUAGGCAUGCACUUACACGAUGGCACGUACAUGGUAGACAUAGAGGACCCAGUGACCGGCCGAGGCGAGCUCCUCCGACUCCUUGGGAUGGGAGGAGACCCUUCGAAGGGGAAGUUAGCAACAUGGUCACCAUCAUUCGAAGAUUGCGCGCGGAAGGGGGCUUUUGCACGGAUGGAGGGCGUGAGAGAAAGGGUAGAAAUCAUGAUCGAGGAAGCAUUCAAUAAGAAGGAAUGGAUAAAGAUGGGUCUGCCCCAGAAGCAUAGAAGGCAGGAGGACGAAGUCUUAGGUGUUAUGGUGGCAGAAAGGGAAUCAGAAGUCGAACUCAGAGCCAGCCUGCCCAAGGGGAAAGAAGUGUGCAUGGACGUGUCAGAAGUCGCACUCGAGAUUCCCGAUUUGUUACAGCUCAUCAAGGCUAUCAGAUACCACAACGUAGGGGUGGACUCGGCGGCGUUGGCCAAAUUCGAAGGAGAAGUGCAAAAGGGAUAUUGUAUGAAUGGAAAAUUAGUCAGUAUCCAACCACGAGUCGUAGAGGUGACUAUGUUGGACGUGAUCCAGGCAAUGCACGACGGACUAGCAGGAGGACAUCGAUCGUCCAAAGGAACUCUUGCGAAGAUAACGCCACUCUAUUAUUGGCCAGGCAUGGCAGGCAUGGUCGCGUACUGUCAGACCUGCCUAAUCUGCCAGGAACGGAACUCGGUACGUGUCUUCGAGUCAGUUAGACCAACGUGGGUGCUAGGGCCGGGACAUCUGGUCCACCUUGACCUUGCGGUCAUGCCUGUAUCAACAGAUCGGUACAGGUAUAUCCUGAAUGCGCGAGACAACUUGAGUGGGUUCGUGGAGGCGGUCGCUCUCAAGAAAAGGACAGGGAGAAGUGUAGCGGACUGGAUAAAGGACUUCUACUUGAGGCAUCCUUUCGUCAGGAGGUUUAUAGCGGACAAUGAGAUUGAAUUUGUGAACCAAGAAGUGUUGGAAAUGCUUAAGAGGCUUUGCGUACCGAUCAAACUCAUCGAGCCAUAUCACCCGAAGGCCAAUGCGCCUGUGGAAAGAGGGCACCGAACCUUAAAGAACACGAUUGCGAAGCUCGCAGCGAACCAUCUGGGGAGCUGGCCUAGGUAUCUUAAGCAAGUUGUCUUCUCAGAGAACAUGACACCUAAGAGGACAACGGAAUGUAUCCCAACAAAACUUUGGUACGGAAAAAAAAUCGACUUUCUCGUGGAAGCCUUGAUACCUACCUGGAACAGGUUAGAUGAUGAUCUGCGAGUGAUCACGACAAAGUUAAUCGAGGCGAGGUGUCAACAAGUCCUUAAGAACGAGGGGGUCAUGGAAGACAUCGCGAACCGGGUACCAGACAAUAGAAUGAGGGACAAAGCAAGGUGGAACCAGGUAAAGAAUGUCAGAAAGGAGCCACUUCAGGUGGGGGAGACAGUAUUGCUAAGAAACUCGGCACUAGAAAGUACUUGGUCUGGACAGUUGGGGAGGAGGUUCAAAGGCCCCUACCGGGUCGCCAAGCGGGUGGGAUGGAACACCUUCGAACUGGAAGAUCUGGAUGGAACUGGAUUGAAAGGACCCUUCCCGAGGCAACGAUUGGUCAGGUUUCUAAGUCGGAACCCAGUGGAACAGUGGCUUCGGGAGGCCAAGGAUAAGGAAACUGAGGGGCUACAAGCUAAGAACUGACAACGACCUUGCCCACACUAUGGUUUUGUCUCUGACUGCGUCCGUGGGACUGCCAUUUUUUUUUGGGUUGGGGCAAUGUUUUGGAC